AUGUCUUAUGACCAGAGCUAUAGGACAGUUGCUUACUUUGUGAACUGGGCCAUCUAUGCUCGGAAGCAUCGGCCGCAAGACCUUCCUAUCGACAACUUGACGCACAUCCUCUACGCCUUUGCAAAUAUUCGCCCCGAAUCUGGAGAGGUGUUCUUGACCGAUGCCUGGGCGGACACCGACAUCCAUUGGGAGAACGAUUCGUGGAAUGACUCGGGAACCAACUUAUAUGGCUGUCUGAAACAGCUGAAUCUUUUGAAGAAACGAAACCGUAAUCUCAAAGUGCUUCUGUCUAUUGGUGGCUGGACGUAUUCGAGCAACUUCCGCGCCCCGGCCUCCACACCUCAGGGCCGCGAGACUUUCGCAAAGUCGGCGGUCGGGUUGGUGAAGAACCUCGGAUUUGAUGGCAUCGACAUAGACUGGGAAUAUCCUGAAGACGCAUCGCAGGCAGCGGCAUAUGUCGCCCUCCUUCAUGAUUGCCGAAAAGCCUUAGACGCGUACGGUGCUUCUCUGUGCCCGCCAUACCACUUUGAGUUGACCGUGGCAUGCCCGGCUGGGCCGGAGAAAUUUAAAGUUCUUGAUCUUAAAGCUAUGGAUCGCUUUUUGGAUUUUUGGAACUUGAUGGCUUAUGAUUAUGCUGGCUCGUGGGAUUCUACUGCCGGUCAUCAAGCAAACUUAUUCCCACACCCUACAAACCGGUCAUCGACUCCAUUCGACACUGCUGCCGCGGUUGCCUACUACACGUCUCAUGGUGUUACUUCCAAAAAAAUCGUCAUUGGAAUGCCAUUGUAUGGACGCGCUUUCGAAAACACGGAAGGUCCUGGCAAGCCGUUCAGCGGAGUUGGCGAGGGCAACUGGGAGCGAGGGGUAUAUGACUACAAGAAGCUGCCUUUGAUGGGGGCGCAGCAACACAUUGACCAAGAUGCUGGAGCCUCAUAUUGCUAUAAUCCUAACUCACGAACGCUGGUCACUUAUGACACUGUGGAUAUGGCGAAAGUGAAAGCAAAAUUCAUCAGGAGCAGGGUCCUCGGAGGGGCUAUGUGGUGGGAGAGCAGUGCUGAUAAAGAAGGUGAUGACAGCCUCAUUAGCAGUGUAGUAAGCGCACUAGGAGGGCGGUGCACCCUUUACCGACAGCGAAACUGCAUUACCUACCCUGAGACGAAGUACGAUAAUCUCAGAAAUUCGUUUCCGGGCAAUUGA